AUGCACCUAAUACAUGCGGUCAAUUAUCAAACGUCCCCCAGUUAUCCAUGGGACCAACAGAAAAUGAGAACAUCCGCCGGUUCACGUGUCAGCAUCCAGGAUGCGGCGCUACAUACCGUCGAAAAGAGCACCUGGCGCGCCAUGCGAUUCGACACUCGCAGAGGGGAAUAUUUAGUUGCAAUCUAUGCCGGGCUAGUUUCGAUAGGAGACUUGAGAAUUUCUGGAUCCAAUUUCUAUCAUUAUUGGUGUCCCAACAAAAAACUGACGGAAAUCUCCAGUGACACCCUACAACGACAUAAGAAAGUUCAUAACAAGAACGACCAGCCAAAUCCGGCGCGAGUGCUUAAAGCCUGCAAUCGCUGCCGCAUCCAAAAGUCUAGGUGCGAUGGACAGCUCCCUUGCUCUAUCUGCCAAAAGAGAGGUGUUGUCUGUUCAUUCGACAGGGCGAGUCCAAGGUCGAAGAGGCAACAUCGGCAGAAAGUCAGCGCCUCAGAAGCGGAGAUCGUUUCGGAUUCUAUUAUCCCUCAGGAUCCUAAUAGGAGACUUAUCGAUCCUCCUCCUCCUCCUCCUCAGCAGUCAUACCUGGUCGGCAGAAAUGAUCAGGAACUGUCACCGGUAGCAUCAGGCGUUCCAAAUCAUAGAAGAAAAAGCGAAUCUCCUCCCCCUUCCAACUCUACGAUAUCAGCCAAAAUGCAACUAGUCCAACACGAAGAGCAACUACAGCGAGAAGGACUGCAGUUGGCACCGGCUGAUUCCACCGUUCCAUGGCAGACAUGGCCAGGGAAUAUGUUUUCCUCCUCCUAUUACUCUCUUGAUUAUCCAGCUGGUCUGGAUGAUGACGAUUAUACUACCCAGCCCAUCGAUACCGCGUACUACGUCCGCCUUUACUUUCUGCACUUCAACCCCCAGUGGCCUUUCAUACAUGAAGCGUCCUUUCGAUACCAGGAAGAGCCGACUGUGCUCGUGUUGGCGCUCGUGAUGAUCGGCUUAUGGAUUACCGGCGAAGCGAAAGCGCGACGUCAGGCGUGGAAGAUCCAUGAUCGCCUGCACACUCUUAUAAAAGAGCAGAUGACAAGUUGGCACACCCCGCAGCCAGAGCAGCAGGAUAUCUCCCAAUGGCCCAUGGCAACAUACCAAUCGAUCCUCCUCUACAUCAUCUUCGCUCUGAUCGCCGGCCCACCCCCCAGAGAGGAAGACAGCACCGAAGCGCUUCUCGACCGCGUACGAUCUAUCCUAACCUCUCUAAUCGAAACCUGUCUUGUCCAGGGCCUAUUCUUCUAUCCAUCCAUGCUCGCCCGCGGCUGUCCGGAUGAUCCCAUCGUCUACGCCUGGGCCCGGACGGAAGAGGCCAAACGUUUCUCUUUGACCUUGUUCAAAGUAAGCAAUCUCUUCUCUGGCGUUACGGGCGAUGAUGCCCGGUUAUCAGUCUCUGAUCUCCGAUUUCCCCUCCCUGAUAACGGUUUCUUGUGGGGUCCUCGUCCGAGUAUUCACGAUUGGUGGCGUCGACGGGACCUGCGGUUGAAGAAUCCUGCAGAGACUGAGGAUCGAUGGAUUAGUGAUAUCUUCGAGGAAGCUAGAGCACAAGGGGAGAAGGCGGGAGAGAGACGCGCGUGGUUGCGGAUGGGUUGUUGGUUGGGAUUCAUGGCGGGGGUUGAGCCUUGA